AUGGUAGGAGGUCAACAGAAGAAAUCGAAGACAAAAAUGUCAUCUUCUUUGGGCAGUCUGAUGAUUAAAGUGGAGAUAUGGGAUUAUGACGACUUAAAUGAUGAUGAUUUCAUCGCCUUCCUUUACAGAGUAUAUAGUACUUAUGCUGGCCUCAACGUCACUUCAGCUGUGAUGAUAGAUUUUUCUCUCACUUCGGCUAAUACUGGCCUACUGCUAGGUUUGAAGGUAUACUGUGAUGAGGAUUAUUUUGGGAUAAAUUGCUCCACCCACUGUCGAUCACGUGACGGCAACUUCGGACACUACAACUGUGAUCCAAACAGCGGAUCUAAAGUAUGUUUAAAAGGUUGGCAGGGAACAAACUGUACUGUUCAGAUUCAGGAAAAUCAUUGUCAGAGUUCACCUUGCUCAAAUAAUGGCACCUGUCUCAACUCAUAUGGAGGCUUUCGUUGUAUCUGUGUAAAAGGAUUCAAUG